AUAGCAAAAGAAAUAACGAAUAUAUAACUAAAUUGUAAAAAUGGUUUCAUAUAUCGUCAAAGGUUUUUUGGGGCUUAAAAUUGAUAUAUCGUCAAAGUUGGGAAGUGUUUAGUAGUGUAUAUAAAUAAGCAUAUAAGAGAGUGAGCAGAUAACAUACCUCCCAACACAAACAACUUCAAAAUCUUUCUGAAAGCAAACUUCUCUCGUCUCUUUCCUUUCUCCUUUGAACACAUUUCCCUUAGCUACAAAGGACUAACCCUUUGACGUUUUAAAAAAAACAAGUACACGACAUAAAGUUCCAAAGAGCAGUCAAUGGACAAGAAAAAGUCAGUAUCUGGUUCCUCUUCAUCCUCCUCUUCUUCAUCUUUCGAUCAUCUUUUUGGUCCAAGAAACUCUUCCUCGUCUUCUUCAUCAACAACAGGAUUGUUCCAAUCCAUUUUCCCACCACCUGCAACGGGGGCUCAAGCAGACUUGGCAAAUCGAAAUGGAGCUGCCAAAUAUGAACAUCCGAAUUUUGGGAUUUCAUAUGAGAGAGGAGAAAUGAGGAAAAAUAAGGAGAAAAAGAAUUACCAAAAUGAAGAAACACAACCACCAUGCAACUUGAGUUCAUCCAUUUACUAUGGGGGCCAAGAAAACUAUCCUUCUUCAACACCACCACAAUCAACAAACAAUCCAGAUGCUGAUAAGAAAGAUGGAAGGGAAGGCGAUUCUGAAAGUGCAUCAAGAGGAAACUGGUGGGAAGGCUCGGUUUAUUACUAGUUAUCAAUUCUACCCGAUGCUGCACUCUAUAAACAAAGGAACCCUAAUCAGGUGAAUAUGGAAAUUGACGUGUUGAAAUACCUAACCGAGAAAAGAAUAUUCAUAUAUAUAAGAAGUAAUGUAAGAGUAUAUAUAUGUCUUAUUAUAAAAAAAGAGAUAAAAUAAUAUAUCGUAUAAUAUAUUAUACGAUGAAAUUAACGUCUAUUGACUUAUAUAAUAUCAAGGGAAUAGACUCGUUCUUGUUGAUUCUAUAUGUUUCGACGAAGGCAGCAUGUUAGACAAGUCUCUUUUUACUGAAAUCAACGCCUAUCGAAAGUCUUUUUAUUGUAUUUGAUAUGUAAUCCAAUAUAUCAUCAGGUUCUUCGAAUGGGAUUGUAUCAUAUCAUACUACUAUACUAGUAAUCAAACAUCUGCUGUUAAGUAUAAUCAAAAGCUGUUUCUUCGUUU